UUUCCGGGCGUGGAUGGCGUAACUAAACGGUAACGGUUACUAACUGGUGUUAGCGUGGCAGGUGAAGGAGGAGACGGAGUGUGUGGGGAUUUGACGGGAUUUCGUGAUCUGUAAAGGAGGAUGAAGAUGCUGCUGCUGCUGCUGCUCCUCAUCAACGUUUCCCAGCAUGCCCUGGCUGUUGUGGUGGAGGUGUAUGAAGGAGAAAGAUCUGUCCUGCUGCCCUGUCAGUUCUCUGGUUUUAUUCCUGAGGACCCCACAGUGAUGUGGACUCGCUCUGAUCUCGAUCCCAAAUCUGUGCACCUACAACGAGAUGAAGAUGAUCUUAGAGGGCAAAACCAGCGUUACAGCGGGCGCACAUCAAUGAAUCCUGAUGCUCUGAACUCUGGAAACUUCAGCCUCACUCUGAGAACACCAAUAAAGACUGACAGCAGCAACUACACCUGCUCCAUCAGUGAUGGACGAGAAGAACUGAGACUUACAGAUAUACAGCUGCAGGUCAAAGACCAACAGGUGGAGGUGGAGGUGGAGGAAGGCUCAGAGUCUGUCAUCCUGCCCUGCAAAACAAAACCUGACCUGCCUGAGGACACCAGAGUGGAGUGGACUCACUCUGACCGAGAACUUGUGAUGGUCCAUGUGUUUUCAAACAGAAGUGACCACUUUGAGAACCAAGACAACCUUUAUUGUGGUCGCACAAAGAUGAACAAAGACCUGCUGAGAACUGGAGACCUCAGUCUGACCCUGAAAUACCCCACAGAGAGAGACAGUGGAGGAUACAUCUGCACCAUCUACAGGGACAAAGACAUCCUGAGACAGAAAGUAGUGCUGCACCAUAUCAGAAAACAGCUUCCGUCCUGGGCCACAGCUCUCCUGGUUCUCCUGGUUCUUCUUCUGGUUUCUGGAGGUCUUAUUUCAUUUCCGGCACUAUUUCAUGUCAGUUUACCAGGUGGAGGUGGAUUUAUGCGCAGAGUCUGUCCAGCUGCCCUGCAAAACCAUGCUUCACCUGCCUAAAGAUGCUAAAGUGGAGUGGAAGGACAAAUAUGACAGGAAGGUCCACGUAUAUCAGAACGGUUCGGACCAUCCUGGAGAACAGGACGAGGUUUACAGAGAUCGAACACAGAUGAACACGCUGAAAAUGGGAGACCUCAGCCUGACUCUGAAAUACGGCAGAGACACUGACAUCUACACCUGCACCGUCUACAAUAAGGAUGGAAUCAUCCUAAUGAGGAAACAA